GCUGUUAGAUAAUAAUAUUAUUCGUAAUCAACACUAAAUUUUUGAAGCGGCACAAAAGUUACUGUAAAAAUGAGUCUAUUGUUGAGAAAACUCGGAUCCAGCGUUCUCACCGGUCGGACCAGUUACCUUCUGUCCAGAACGCUUUGCGCGGCUACAGUGGAUGCCAAGGAAAUCGACAAACUAGUGCAUAACAACAAGGUAGUGGUGUUCAUGAAGGGUAAUCCGGAAGCUCCUCGGUGUGGAUUCAGUAAUGCCGUCGUACAGAUUUUGCGCAUGCAUGCCGUAAACUACGACAGCCACGAUAUACUGCAGAGUGAUGAAUUGCGGCAGGCGAUCAAAGACUACUCCAACUGGCCAACGAUUCCGCAGGUCUUCAUCAACGGAGAGUUUGUCGGCGGUUGCGAUAUCAUGUUGCAAAUGCACCAAAACGGAGAACUGAUCGAUGAGCUGAAGAAGGUUGGCAUUAAGAGCGCCCUUUCGGAUGCCGAAGGCGCGGACGAAAAGAAGUAGAUGGUGAUGUUUCCGGUAUAAUUUUUAAA